AUGAUGGGGUCAGCUCUUGCUAGGAAAGCAAUUAGACUGCGAUCCCUCCGUUCAAGAAGGUUACUGCACAGCUAUGAUCGACCUCCUACACCAUCUAUCCCAUACCUCACUCACUUGCCACCUUCUUCAGAGGCCACUCAGACCCUCUCUCAACUACCUUCCGACGAAUCGCUAAAUAGACAACUGAAAGAUCGCCUGACGAAAAAGGCAAUUGAGGGUUUACCGGAGCUGACUGAAGAGGAUUUGAAGGAUUUCUAUGCUGAUUUGGUGCAGACUGGAAUAGAGAGUAGAGAGGAUGAUGUUCUUGCUAUUGAAUCACCCGGUGGACAACUGAAAUUACCUUUAGAUAUCAGGGAGAGGGAAGAUAUUCUGAAUGAGCUGGAAAACAGAUUGACAGGCUCCGGAGACAUCGAACAACAAAGUGGACUGAUGAAGAUAGAUGAAGAAUUGAGCAGGGCACCAAAGCAUUAUAAGAUAUUCGCUGCUCUCGCUCGGCUGGGCGUGCCACAAGAUGGACCUAGUGGGACUAGUAAAUCACCUGCCGGAGCUAUACAAUCUCAAAAAGGCGUAGAUAUACCACUAGGAUUGGUCAGUAAGAGGGAAUGGAGUGUACUAUUCCAUGAGUUUAUCCAGAGAAGUGACGCUAGAGGUGCAGAAGCUUUGUUGGGUGUAAUGACUCUGCACGGUGCUCCUAUCGAAGAGACCAAGAUCGAGGAAAUCAUCAAGGUAGAUGCUGCUGCCGGAAGAGUAGAUGAUGUAGGCAGACUAACGGCUGAGAUGGCCAACAGUGAACUGGCAAUAUCUGAUUCGCAUAAAGACCUGUUCAUUCUAUCGCUUUUACGUCAUACACCCUCACAACCUCAGAAUGCAAUAGCUCAACUCACCUCAGCAGAACAAGCUGGCCAACCAUACCCUCAAUCUUCUUACCAAGUCGUCCUCCAACAUCUCACUCAGCCCUCGCCAUUGUUUCAGCCCAACGCACAUACUCGAGCAUUGGCAUGGGAUCUGUUUGCCAAUAUGCGACUUUCAGCUCAUCCGACGCCUUCUAGAGAACUGUACACUACCAUGAUUAGAACAUGCGGAGAAUCUGCUCAGCCUGAACCUGAACGCGCGAGGGAUUUAUGGAUUGAAAUGACGGAGAAUGAGAAGAUCCAACCCUCGAGAGAAGAAUACAGCGCGAUCAUUCGAGCCUUAGGAUCUACGAAGAAAGAUUACCUAGAGGCUUUCGACCUAUUACGUCAAAUGCUGGCGAAGCACCAUGAUGCCAUCUAUACACCCUUCUCGUCGGAAGAAGAUGGCUUACCAAGGUUUUCGCAAUAUGUCCCUACAUUGGAAACCUUCAUUGGACUGCUGGAAGGAACGAAACGAGCAGGAGAUCUGAAUAGAGCGAGGUGGAUUUUGACUGAGACUUUCAAAUUGGCAAGAACGGGGAAGAUGUUGAAUUCGAAAGAAUGGAGGGAUGGGAUGGAUGCGAAUUUGUUGAGUGGGAUAUUCAUGACGUAUGCUAGUUGGAAGCCGUUGGUCAGGAGAGGUGCAGUCAAAGUCAAAGAUAACGAUGAAAUUGUACAAGAACUUGAUGAAGAUGGGCAGAUCAGUUCUGAGAUCGAAGCGAAACGACUUGAAGAAAAGACUGUUACGGAUGAAGAAUGGCUAGAUGUGGAUGUGAUGGAGAAACUUGUCGAAUCGUCUUCAAGCAAAUCGGAAGCUAUACAAGAUCCAUCGAAUUCCCAAUCUAAUCUUCCUCUUACACCUCAAUCAUCCGCUGACGCAUUGCGAGAAGCUACAGCGCUUUUCCAACGAAUCUUGCAUGACGUUGCUUCACCACCCAAUCCCGAUACUUAUCUGCCAUUCAAAGAUGUCGUUCUCGGGCCAAAAUUGAUCAACUCGUACAUCUCUGUGCACAUGAUCCACUCCCCUUCUCUCGAAGCCACCAAGAAAGCCUACGAAGAAGCUUGGUCAGCUGUAUCCGACCUCACUAGAGGGACUGUUAGACCGAAUGGAUGGAGUUAUCUGCAGAUCCUAGAAAAGUGCUCACAUGGUACUAGGGCGGGAAUGACAGAUUCAGAUAGACCAGUAGCUUUCGAAUGGGGACAGGCCAUAUGGGAAGAAUAUCUGUCAUGGUCUACCAAGGCCAUCAAAGAAUUGGAGACGAUCAGUGAACCGUCAAUGAAAGAUCGAAAGAGGUGGUUAAUGGGAUUAGGUGAUCGACAAAUCGAGAGAAUUUGGAAAUCUGCUAUUCGUCUAUUCGCACUAUACGAUUCCAAACCUUCCAAAUCCUUACAUAUCCUCGAAGAGUUCUUUGUUCGAUACCCGCCUGAAGAUAUAUUGAAAACCUAUAGACCUCUUCCAGAAGUGAAAGGACUGAAGAUCAAGUUGAUUACACCUAAUUCUACACCCGAGGCAAACGUCCCGCCAUACUUGCUAUUCAACGAUGUCAAAGUUUUACAUGAGAAGUUGAUCAAGAACGAUGAUAUCAAGAGUUUAGGUAGAUUGUCCUUUUAUAUGAAGAGUUAUGAGAUGAUGUUGUUAAAGAGAAGGAAAUGGAGAUUCAGAGGUGUUGGACAGGUCAAAGAGAGGAAUAGGGGAAAAUACGCUGAGAGGGAGAGGAAGAGGUUGGAAAAGGCUAAGGUGGACAUGACCGAGGGAGAUGCUAAAGAAGUUGAUUAG